AUAAUCCGAAAAAUGUUGUUAAAAUAUUUCAAGUUGAAGAAAGAUAUACUAUUAUAUGAUAUUAUUUGUUUUUUAUUAUUAUUAUUAUUACCAUGCAUUAAUGUAAAAUGGUUGACAACUAACUGUUGUAGUUGGAGCUCAUUUUGAACAAUGACCUAAAUAAUGAUAACUUUCAUAAUGGUUUAAUAUGCUGAUUAUUUUCUCCAAUAAUAGAUGAAGCUCUGGUUAGUUAAAACCUAUGGUUACAACUCUCAAAAUAGUAGGAAAUGCUGUCAUAAUUACCCAGAGCCCAAAGUGACACCUUUACAAUGUUAAAGCUGUCAGAUACAUUUAGUGAUGUAAAAACUACUAUAUUCAAGAUAUUGUAGUGGAGGCGAUGUAGAAAUUGGCAUGAAAAGACGAAUGUAGAGCCCUAAAACUGCAUUUAAAAUCUUGGCAAAAUUAAGCUUUUAAAUGUUCUAUUUUGUUAACUAAUGCAGCUGAUUUCCUUCCUUCUAAUUUUCCUCUCACAGGAACUACUGCUUGAUCAUAUUUUGGGACGUCUCUACUCUCGUUUAGAGCAUAUUGUUGGACAAAUGCCUCUGGAUUUGGACUACUUAGAAUUGAUUUGCACACAAUAAUUGGUCUUCUUAAAUGCUAUGUCCAGGCAGGUAGCUGUUUCUCUGCCCGUGUGAGAUGCCAUGAGAGAGCUCCAUAGGCUUAUAAACGUGGAAAAAGAAAAAAGUAAGCAAUACAUUAAAACUGUGCAAUUUGAGCAAGGACCAGUUGGACGACCGAGAAUGGUAAUUUCUCCGGAGUAUAUUCACAGCCUAUUGGAGCUCAAUCUGUCCAUCCCAUGCAUAGCUGCACUUUUGGGAGUUUCAAGACGCACAAUGCACCGACGCAUGGCUGAGUCUGAUUUCUCAGUCAGGGAACUGUACAGCACCCUUACAGAUGAGGAAUUGGACCAGUGUGUGAGAGACAUUAAAUCCAGGCAGCCUCACUCUGGAUAUCGAAUGAUGAAAGCACUUCUCCAAGCUCAAGGACUGCGGGUGCAGUAUGACCGGGUUAGAGCUUCCUUGCACCGUGUUGACACCAUCGGAGUCAUAUCCCGUAUGAACAACUUAGGAUGCAUUGUUCGAAGAACCUACUCAGUUCCAAGCCCCCAGUCUUUGAUGCACAUUGACACAAAUCAUAAACUAAUCCGCUACAACAUUGUCAUCUUUGGUGGCAUAGAUGGCUUUUCGCAGAAGAUAAUGUAUCUUGGUGCAGCAUCCAACAACCUCGCGUCAACCAACCUGGCCUUCUUCCAAGAAUCUGUCGAGAAGUUUGGUUUCCCUCUUAGGGUACGAGCUGAUCAGGGGGUGGAACAUGUGGACGUUGCACAUCUCAUGUUUACAGUCCGUGGCACUGGAAGGGGCAGCUUUAUAUCCGGCAAGAGUGUUCACAACCAACGGAUAGAGAGGCUAUGGAGAGACAUGUGGACAGCUGUUACAGUCAUCUACUAUGAUGCUCUACACUACCUCGAAGAAGAGGGUUUCCUCAACAUUGGCAAUGCUACACACCUCUUCUGUUGCCAUUAUGUGUUCCUGCCACGGCUACAAGAUGACCUGGACACAUUCCGCAGUGGCUGGGCAAAUCAUCCUAUAAGAGCAGAAGGCCAUGUGACCCCAAAUCAGCUGUUGGAGCUGGGACAAAUCCAUCACCUAAUUCCAGUUUCUGAUAACAUGGAGGUAACUUUGUCCAAUUUUUACAACUUCAGUGCUUUCAAUAGUCUUGAUCCCUCAGCCACUAAAAAACUGAAACCGCUAUCCAUGCUCUUGCAAACACCUACCAACUCCAUUGAAACUUCCCCUGUAUUUUCAGCCCAGAGCACCCUUUUAAGAGAGCAGGUGGCUAUAAAGCCUCAGUUCCCCGUCAGAAAGGGCUAUCUGACAGCAAGGGUGUGGAUAUUCCUCAGAUUGAGUGGGAGAACAGUGGAUUUGCUCCUGAUGGCCACUCUAGUGUCAUUGUCCCAGACACAGAGAGCCCACUGACUGAUGGACAAAUGGCUUCUUUAAGAGAAGCUGUUGACCCACGAGCUGCAUCCCAGUCCUUUGGCUCUGAUAUCUACAUUGCUGCUGUUCCAUUUUGUGAGCAUGUUCUAUCUGAUGACUGAGAAAGAGAGCUUAGGUGUUUUUCUCCAAUGUAUCCAAAUGUGGCACAAGCAUCCACUUCACCUUUGUCUCCUUGUGAUUUUACAGAUGUAUUAUGUUUUAUGGCAGACAACCUUUCUGCUUUUGGAAUCUUCAAAUUGUAUAGGAAAAAUAAUAAAUUAACAUUUGAAGAAUGACAAA